AUGGGGGAUGUGGCUGAAGAUGCCGCUGGUGCGGCGGUUAUCUCGAAGAUUGUUGUGCAAAAGGUGGUGAUGGACUCCGACUCUGCUGACUCUCGCUUGCCCUUGGGCACCAUUCCAAACUGUUCGAUGAAAGAGUUCUGGCUACCUUUGACGGCUUUUGAUACGUUCCCGGAAUCCUGGUCCGAUACCGGCCCGCCAGCCUUGCCGAUUGACGUGCUUCAAUUGGACUGGAAAUCCAGUUCAAAGAUCGAAAAGACCGAGAAGGACGAGGAUGACACCACAGCGAAGAAGGAAGAACCGGACGAUGAGGAGGGUGGCGACAACCAGACCGAUGGUGACUCGGAGGAGGCUGAUCCAGAGAACCCUGAGGAAGCCGACAUCAGGGAUGCCACUACAUCGACACCACACUUGGGCAGGGCUUUCACAGAUGCCCAAGAACUGAGACAGGUCGCUGGCGGAACAGACUUUGUCAAGAAGACCCUUGGGACCUUUUUGCCAGACUCGGUUAGCACAACCUUGGUCAUCGACCUGCACUGUUACGACUGCUGGCCAGCACUUGCAGCGUUGGAGGAGUGUGCUGCAGGUCGCCGAUUGCUUUGUGGCAGUGUGGUUCUUGACAAGCAGCCUGACACGAUGGUUCAGCGGAUCGCGAACAAGGUCUAUGAGAGUUGCAGGGCGGAGCAAUUGAAGAUUGUGGGCUUCCCUUCUUUUGCACCUCUCAUCCAGGCAAUCCAGCAAGUGAAGCCGGAUGAUCAGGAAAAGAAGUACGAGGUAUGUGUGAAGAAACAUGAUCGCCUUGUAGUUCUUCAAGCAUUGGCGGCCAAAUGGAUGGAGACCGAGUUCAAGGAUGAGACAGUUGCCAUUCUAGAGGCACACAACAAACAGUUCAAUGUUGACGGUGAAUAUUGGCACGAGACUGAGAGGACCACUGAAGCUGAUGAUCUUGGAUCUCCUCUCAAGCGGAUCAAACUGGAAGACUCAGAGAUUGGCAAGGAGGCUGACAUUGCCAAUCUUCAAAAACCGUACAUCUUCCAAAUCAACAACUGCGCUGAAAUGGCAUGUGGCCAAGAUGGAGCUCCGCUGUUCCUCGUGUCCCGGGGGAAAAACCAGUUUCUUAUGCAUCGUGAGCUGUUCAGCUUUGGCAGCGGCGAUUGGAGGGUGAAUGCCGAUGCAACUGAAAUCAUGGCCGACAGCUGCGGGAGAUGGUUCUCUUUCAAUGUGACUCUUGACACGGUGAUGAUCCUAGAGAAAAAGAAUUUGGCAGAUCAUGUGGCUUCUUUGCCAUGUGUGGACUCGCCAACACCUUUGUCCACGAUCAUCCGGCAGCUCGAGGAUGCUGGAGAGGUCAAGUUGGCUGUGACUCAUCAUGUCCUCUCCUCGACAGACAAGAUCGAGCAGGACAAACCGCUGGUCUUUGUGAUCGAUCCUCCCAAGCAUGAUCGGGAGGAGGAUGGGAAACCCAAAAAGAAGAAGACCAAAAAGGACAAGGUGGCCGGAUCUAUGACGCAUAAGAACUUUGGUUCUAUCCUUGACAUCGGCAAGUUCAAGCGGGCCCAGCGACUCAUGGUCGGAUGGAGGAUGAGGUGUGCAUACCGUACCAAUGUGCAUAUAGUACCAAUGUGUUUUAAUGAACCCUUCGGGGUCUUGUUUGGGCUACACUCGCUCGGCCCUGCCAGGUUGGAUGCAAACAACGCAUCAGGUGUGAAGACCCUGGUGCCGCUGCGACCCAUUGCAUGUGUCACCGGCGUUCUCGAUCUUGGAAGCACUGUGAUAAAAAUGUUUUGA